CUUCCGGUUCUUAUCCACCCACCUGAACCACGACUACAGCCAAAACAUACAGGAUCUUCCUAGUCUUCUGCAAUUACCAUUCUUUCCCCUCAAUGACUAUCCGUUCAGUAUCAGAAAACGCGAUAGCAGUCUUCUGUGGCUCCUCUUCAGGCAAUCACCCAGCAUACAUUCGAGCAGCCCAAUCAUUAGGGAAGUCUCUGGCUAUCGCAAAUCGACGCCUUGUGUACGGCGGAGGCGAGCAAGGCCUCAUGGGGGCAGUCUUCCAAGCUACCCUCACUGCGGGAGGAAAAGUUACUGCGAUCAACCUUCGGACUUUUAUGGAGCAAGGAGGGGAGCGAGAAAAGGUCCCAGAGAACACCAUCUGUGGUGCUAGGGAAACGGGGUACGGAAUGUUCGUGCCUCCGGCUUCCUGCCAGGUCGAGACAGUCGUCGUCGAGUCUUUACAAGACCGGAAACUUGCGAUGGCAAAAAGGUGUCGUGGCUUUAUCGGACUUCCCGGCGGAUUUGGAACGUACGAUGAGGUACUAUCGAGAUUACGUUUCCUGAUACUUACGGUCAUACUAAGCCCGUUUCUUGAGCAGGUUUUCGAGGUGGCGACGUGGACACAAAUUGGACUCCAAAAUAGGCGUAAGUGUGUUUUGAAUCCGCUUCUUAUCGUUCUAGUCCAUACGACGUACGCAUGUCAGCCGUCGUUAUCCUCAAUGUUUUAGGUUUCUAUGAUCCGCUCAAACAACAAAUCGAGAACGCGAUAGAGGCGGGCUUCGUUGAAUCCUUCAACCAGUCUCUAGUCAUCUUUGUAGAUGGUCCCAACGACAAACAGCAACAUGAGACGUUUAACUGGGGUCAGGCUGCUUUUGCCGCGGUUGACAGAUGGUACGAGCAGAGGAAGGAUGUACCUAGACCAAGAUUUGUCUGGGAGAGUCGGCUAAGGGUGUAAGCAGGAAUUUGGCUCACUCCUUAUUAGCGUGAGUCACACGCCAGAUGGUUGGAAUUACCCUGUGAGUGGUGACGAGAAGCAAGGGUGGGUUAGCGGCAUAUUGUCGUUGCAGGCCCUCAAACACUGAGUUUUGGUUUCGAGGUGCUUAUAUGUGAU